UUGGACCAUCUAACCCGCGGCUUUAACCUGUUCCAUUUAUCUCCAAAAGAACGGUCUUCCGGUGGGUUGUCGGCCUUUGUAACAGAAGGUGUCAACUGGAAUAGGCCUGCUCUCGCAAGCCAGGACAGGCAGCGAAGGAACCGCCGCUUCUUUAAAUGUCACCUCCGCUCGCCUGAACGGCAGGGCAGGAUGGCUUCGAUCCCUCCACCACCGCCUCCGGGCUGGAAUGCGGGAGGGCCAGUUGCUCCUCCACCUCCUCCGCCGGGAAUGGCGCCGCCGCCCGGAUACCGACCUCCCGUCGACCCUCAGGUUGCCAAAUAUGCACAAAAGAAGAAGGAAUGGUUGCGGACGCAGCGCAACCGGUUUGGUGAGAAACGAAAGGGCGGCUUCGUCGAGACCCAGAAGGCGGACAUGCCCCCGGAGCAUCUGCGGAAGAUUGUCAAAGAUAUCGGCGAUGUCAGCCAGAAGAAAUUCAGCAGUGACAAGCGAAGUUACUUGGGCGCGCUGAAAUAUAUGCCUCAUGCAGUGUUCAAACUGCUGGAGAACAUGCCCAUGCCGUGGGAGAGUGCCAGGGAAGUCAAAGUGCUGUAUCAUGUGAACGGCUGCUUGACCCUGGUCAACGAGAUCCCGCGUGUCAUCGAACCCGUCUUCCAUGCCCAGUGGGCUACCAUGUGGGUGUGCAUGAGGAGAGAAAAGAGCGACCGACGACACUUCAAGCGGAUGCGGUUCCCUCCCUUCGACGACGAGGAGCCGCCUCUGUCCUGGUCCGAGAACAUAGAGGACGUCGAACCACUUGAACCUAUUCAGAUGGAAUUGGAUGAGAAUGAGGAUGGCCCAGUCUACGAGUGGUUCUACGAACAUCGGCCUCUGUUGGACACGCCACACGUCAACGGUCCGAGCUACAGAAAGUGGAAUUUGACGUUGCCUCAGAUGGCAACCUUGUACCGGUUGUCUCACCAGCUGCUGAGCGACGUGGUCGAUAAGAACUAUUCGUAUUUAUUUGACCGUGAAAGCUUCUUCACUGCGAAAGCACUCAAUGUCGCCAUUCCUGGAGGACCACGGUUCGAGCCGCUUUACAAAGAUAUCGAUCCUAACGACGAAGACUUCGGCGAGUUCAACGCGAUCGACAGAAUCAUUUUCCGAGCUCCAAUCAGAACAGAAUACCGCGUGGCUUUCCCUUAUCUGUAUAACUCGCUUCCACGGAGCGUCAAGCUGUCGUGGUAUCAUUAUCCCCAGAUCGUCUAUGUUAGGUCGGAGGACCCGAAUUUGCCAGCCUUCUAUUUCGACCCCGUCAUCAAUCCGAUCUCGUCGAGAUCUGUUGCUCCGAAGAACAUCACGGUCAAACACGAAGAUGAAAUCUUUGGCGUUGGCAACAAUGAGGAUGACGAGUUCGAGCUGCCGGGAAAUGUUGAACCGUUCUUGGCCGACGAGGAGUUGUAUACCAGCGAGACAGCUUCGGCUAUUGCUCUCUGGUGGGCUCCUUACCCCUUCGACAGAAGAUCUGGGAAGAUGGUCAGAGCUCAGGAUGUUCCCUUGGUCAAACAGUGGUAUCUGGAACACUGCCCGCCAGGACAGCCGGUUAAAGUGCGAGUUUCGUAUCAAAAACUGCUCAAGACCUAUGUGCUCAAUGAGUUGCACAAGAAGAAACCCAAGGCUCAGAACAAGCAGGAUCUUCUUCGAACCCUGAAAUCCACCAAAUUUUUCCAGCAGACCACCAUUGACUGGGUUGAGGCCGGUCUGCAAGUGUGCCGACAAGGCUUCAACAUGCUGAAUUUGCUCAUUCACCGCAAGAACUUGACCUACCUGCAUCUUGACUACAAUUUCAACUUGAAGCCUGUCAAGACGUUGACCACCAAAGAGCGGAAGAAGUCCAGAUUCGGCAACGCCUUCCAUUUGAUGCGAGAAAUCUUGAGGCUGACCAAGCUUAUCGUCGACGCUCAAGUACAAUACCGUCUGGGCAAUGUCGAUGCCUUCCAAUUGGCCGAUGGGAUCAUGUACGCUUUCAACCACGUUGGUCAGCUUACUGGUAUGUACCGGUACAAAUACAAGCUUAUGCACCAGAUUCGAUCGUGCAAAGACUUGAAGCACUUGAUUUACUACCGCUUCAACUCCGGUCCUGUGGGCAAAGGUCCUGGAUGCGGCUUCUGGGCUCCUGCUUGGCGGGUUUGGCUCUUCUUCAUGAGAGGCAUCAUUCCUCUGCUUGAGCGAUGGCUUGGAAAUCUUCUUUCGCGACAGUUCGAAGGUCGCCAUAGCAAGGGUGUUGCGAAAACGGUCACCAAACAGCGAGUGGAGUCACACUUCGACCUGGAACUCCGUGCCUCUGUCAUGGCAGACUUGAUGGACAUGAUGCCGGAAGGCAUCCGUCAGAACAAAGUGAACACCGUUCUUCAGCACUUGUCAGAAGCAUGGCGUUGCUGGAAGAGUAAUAUCCCCUGGAAAGUUCCCGGCUUGCCAGCGCCGAUCGAGAACAUUAUUCUACGAUAUGUCAAGAGCAAAGCUGACUGGUGGAUUUCCGUUGCGCACUACAAUCGGGAGAGAAUUCGAAGAGGCGCCACCGUUGAUAAGACUGUGGCUAAGAAGAAUCUUGGUCGCUUGACCAGACUCUGGCUCAAGGCGGAGCAAGAGAGACAACACAACUACUUAAAGGAUGGUCCUUACGUGUCAUCAGAAGAAGCUGUGGCUAUUUACACAACCACGGUGCACUGGCUCGAGUCGCGGAAGUUCUCUCCUAUUCCUUUCCCCAGCGUGUCUUACAAGCAUGAUACCAAGAUCUUGAUCCUGGCUCUUGAGAGGCUCCGUGAAGCCUAUUCGGUCAAAGGUCGCUUGAACCAGAGUCAGCGAGAAGAGUUGGCAUUGAUCGAACAGGCUUACGAUUCGCCAGGCACCACCUUGGCCAGGAUCAAGCGCUUCUUACUCACCCAGCGAGCUUUCAAGGAGGUCGGCAUUGAUAUGAAUGACAACUACAGCUCGAUCAAUCCAGUCUACGAUGUUGAGCCCAUCGAGAAAAUCACAGAUGCAUAUCUUGAUCAAUACCUGUGGUAUCAAGCUGAUACUAGACAUCUCUUCCCAUCCUGGGUCAAGCCGUCGGAUUCAGAGGUUCCGCCAUUGUUGGUCUAUAAAUGGGCCCAGGGCAUCAACAAUCUCACGAAUGUCUGGGAGACCAAAGACGGAGAAUGCAAUGUAAUGAUCGAGACACAGCUCUCGAAAGUCUACGAGAAAAUCGAUCUCACUCUGCUCAAUCGUCUGCUCCGGCUCAUUAUGGAUCACAAUUUGGCCGACUACAUCACCUCGAAGAACAAUGUCCAGCUGAAUUACAAAGAUAUGAACCAUACGAACAGCUAUGGCCUGAUCCGAGGACUGCAGUUCUCCGGCUUCGUCUUCCAAUAUUAUGGACUGGUUAUCGACUUGCUCCUGCUUGGGUUGCAACGUGCUAGUGAGCUUGCAGGACCACCUCAGAGCCCAAACGAUUUCUUGCAGUUCCGAGACCGUGAAACAGAAACCAAGCAUCCUAUCCGGUUGUAUACCAGAUACAUUGACAGGAUCUGGGUGUUCUUCAGAUUCACUGCCGAAGAAUCGAAGGAUCUUAUCCAACGGUUCUUGACCGAGCAGCCUGAUCCGAACUUUGAAAAUGUCAUAGGCUACAAGAACAAGAAAUGCUGGCCUCGUGAUUCCAGAAUGAGACUUAUGAGACACGAUGUCAACCUCGGUCGCGCAGUUUUCUGGGAUCUCAAGAACAGACUUCCUCGUUCCAUUACCACAAUCGAGUGGGACGAUACCUUCGCAAGCGUGUAUUCGCGAGACAACCCUAAUCUGUUGUUCUCAAUGUGCGGCUUCGAAGUCAGAAUCUUACCCAAGAUCCGGAACCAGAAUGACGAAUUCCCUGUGAAGGACAGUGUAUGGGCCUUGGCCAACAAUGAGACCAAGGAACGCACUGCAUAUGCCUUCUUGCAAGUCACUGAAGACGACAUUCAGAAAUUCAACAAUCGUAUCAGACAGAUUUUGAUGUCUUCUGGAUCGACGACUUUUACCAAGAUCGCGAACAAGUGGAAUACUGCACUCAUUGCCCUGUUCACGUAUUACCGAGAAGCAGCUGUUUCGACGGUCAACCUGCUUGAUACCAUCGUCAAGUGUGAGACCAAAAUCCAGACCCGUGUCAAGAUUGGCUUGAACUCCAAAAUGCCUUCGAGAUUCCCUCCUGCCGUGUUUUACACGCCCAAGGAGCUUGGUGGUUUGGGCAUGAUCUCCGGAUCCCAUAUUCUUAUCCCAGCCAGCGACAAGCGGUGGUCAAAGCAGACCGAUACCGGUGUGACGCAUUAUCGUGCCGGUAUGUCCCACGACGAAGAGACGCUUAUUCCGAAUAUCUUCCGCUACAUCAUCCCUUGGGAGGCAGAGUUCAUCGAUUCACAACGAGUGUGGACUGAAUACUCGCAGAAGCGCAUGGAAGCGAACCAGCAAAAUCGCCGGUUGACUCUGGAAGAUCUGGAAGACAGCUGGGAUCGAGGUUUGCCACGUAUCAACACCCUCUUCCAGAAGGACAGGAGCACGCUCAGCUUUGACAAGGGGUUCAGAACUCGCACAGAAUUCAAGCAGUACCAGUUGAUGAAGAGCAAUCCCUUCUGGUGGACAAGUCAGCGACACGAUGGCAAGUUGUGGAACCUGAAUGCAUACAGAACCGAUGUCAUCCAAGCCUUGGGUGGUGUUGAAACUAUCCUCGAGCACACCCUGUUCAAGGCCACCGCGUUCCCAUCCUGGGAAGGUUUGUUCUGGGAACGGGCUAGUGGAUUCGAAGAGUCGAUGAAGUACAAGAAGCUCACAAAUGCUCAACGAUCCGGUUUGAAUCAAAUUCCCAACCGUCGGUUUACCCUAUGGUGGUCACCUACUAUCAACAGAGCGAACGUCUACGUCGGUUUCCAGGUUCAAUUGGAUUUGACCGGUAUCUUCUUGCACGGCAAGAUCCCGACCUUAAAGAUCUCCUUGAUUCAGAUUUUCAGAGCUCAUUUGUGGCAGAAGAUCCACGAAUCUGUGGUUAUGGACUUGUGUCAGGUAUUUGACCAGGAGCUCGAGCAGUUGGGCAUCGAAACUGUUCAGAAAGAGACCAUUCAUCCUCGAAAAUCGUACAAGAUGAACAGCUCCUGUGCUGAUAUUCUCCUCUUUGCCAGCCACAAGUGGAAUGUCACUCGGCCGUCGCUGUUGUUCGACACCAAGGACCAGAUCGAGGCUACGACAACCAACAAGUUCUGGGUCGAUGUGCAGUUGCGAUAUGGUGAUUACGACUCUCACGAUAUCGAGCGGUAUGUUCGAGCCAAGUACUUGGAUUACACGACCGACAGUAUGAGCAUCUACCCGUCGGCAACCGGUCUCAUGAUUGGCAUUGAUCUGGCAUACAACCUGUACUCUGCCUAUGGACAGUACUUCCCGGGUCUCAAGGCUUUGAUCCAACAAGCAAUGGCUAAAAUCAUGAAAGCUAACCCUGCUCUGUAUGUGCUGCGUGAGCGUAUCAGGAAGGGCCUGCAAUUGUACGCUUCUGAGACGACCCAGGAGUUCUUGAACUCUCAGAACUACUCGGAGCUGUUCAGCAAUCAAACUCAGCUCUUCAUUGACGAUACCAAUGUUUAUCGGGUCACCAUCCACAAGACAUUCGAGGGUAAUUUGACUACCAAGCCGAUCAACGGAGCAAUCUUCAUCUUCAACCCCAAGACUGGGCAAUUGUUCCUAAAGAUCAUUCAUACCAGUGUUUGGGCCGGUCAGAAGCGGCUUGGUCAAUUGGCCAAGUGGAAGACAGCCGAAGAAGUUGCCGCGCUCAUCCGGUCGUUGCCCGUCGAGGAACAGCCGAAGCAGCUGAUUGUGACUCGAAAAGGUCUGCUUGACCCGCUUGAGGUACAUUUGCUGGACUUCCCGAACAUCUCCAUAAGAGCCUCUGAACUGCAACUUCCUUUCCAGGCUGCGAUGAAGGUCGAGAAGUUGGCGGACAUGAUUCUCCAAGCGAAGGAGCCCCAGAUGGUUCUGUUCAACUUGUAUGAUGAAUGGCUGAAGACCAUUUCGUCCUACACGGCCUUUUCCCGGCUCAUCCUCAUCCUACGUGCCUUGCACGUCAACACGGAUAAGACCAAGUUGAUUCUUCGACCUGACAAGACUGUCAUCACACAGCCGCAUCACAUCUGGCCCAGUCUGUCGGACGAAGAUUGGAUCAAGGUGGAAGUCCAGCUGAGAGAUUUGAUCCUCAACGAUUACGGGAAGAAGAACAAUGUCAAUGUCCAAUCCCUGACCAGCAGCGAAGUCCGCGAUAUCAUUCUUGGAAUGGAGAUUUCGGCACCUUCUCUGCAGCGACAGCAAGCCGCCGAACUUGAAAAGCAGCAACAGGAUCAACAGCAGCUGACAGCGGUGACGACCAAGACCCAAAAUGUGCGCGGUGAAGAGAUUGUCGUGACGACCACGUCUCAGUAUGAGCAGCAGUCCUUUGCGUCCAAGACCGAAUGGCGGACUCGGGCCAUCGCCACGUCCAAUCUCCGCACCCGCGCAAACAACAUCUACAUUUCGAGCGACGACAUCCAUGAAUCAGAAGAUUCGUACACCUACGUCCUGCCCAAGAACAUUCUCAAGAAGUUCAUCACCAUUGCUGACCUAAGAGUCCAAGUGGCUGGGUACCUGUACGGGUCCUCCCCGCCCGACAAUGACCAAGUCAAGGAAAUAAAGACCAUCGUCAUGGUGCCGCAGGUUGGUAGUACACGCGAAGUGCAGCUGCCACAUCAGCUCCCACAACACGAGUACCUCAAGACCAUGGAGCCGUUGGGCAUCAUCCACACGGCCUCUGGGAACGAACCAUCCUACAUGACGCCCCAGGACGUGACGACCCAUGCGCGACUGAUGGCGCAACACCCGUCGUGGGACAAGAAGACUAUCACCCUCGUAGUUUCAUUCACUCCCGGCUCCGUGUCCCUGUCGGCCUGGUCCCUCACUCCCGCGGGGUACACGUGGGGCGCCAACAACAAGGACACCCAGUCCGACAAUCCUGCGGGCUUCUCGACUUCGUUUGGCGAAAAGACCCAGCUCCUGCUGUCUGACAAGGUCCGCGGCUUCUUCUUGGUGCCGGAGAACGAUAGUUGGAAUUACAGUUUUAUGGGCGCCAGUUUUUCUGCUGUCGAAAAGAGACCUGUUUACGUCAAGAUCGAUACUCCACGUCGCUUCUAUGAUGAUAGACACCGUCCGGUUCAUUUCAGCAGCUUUAAUGAGCUCGAGGACAUCUGGGCCGAUAGGGAGGAUGUGUUUGCUUGAGCGGCACAAGCCCAGAGAUUUUAGUAGGAUGGCCUGGUCGGCGAGCAUUGCAGUGCCACACACACAGAGCACGGUACGGGACGGACACAGAUGAGAUAUGCUGAUCAAUCACUUCUGCAUGGAUGUAGGAAGGUUAGGGUCAGGUGUACCAAGAAAGCACGGACAAGGCCGAUCGGUGGUGUUAGUUGGGGGUUGUUUUCGUGGUUGUGUCCAUGAGGUGGCAUUCAAGCAACAGGCGUUUAUGUUGUUGUUCAUGUUCUGGGAGCCACCAUGAUACAUGCAAGCACGCAGAGAGAACAUGCACGAGUAGCCUUGGAUUAAUUAGGUUGUAUUAUUCAAUUUGGAAGGUUGUCUAUCAUACCUUAUCGUUCAUGUACGCUUUAUUACCGUCACACCUCCUUGUUACUGGCUUAACCGAGUAUGAACGAGUAAUAUUGUCAAAUAGAACGAAAUGAAAUAAGCACAAGCCCAAGGAUGACUGUCUGUUGUAUGCGUGUUUGCGUACAGGUAUAUCAUGGUUCAUUCAAGUACCUAUAUAGUGUUCU